GCCUGCCCUCCCGCUCCCUUCCCGCUGCGGCGGCCCUACCGGCCGCGGAGGAUGAGGUGCCCCCGCUGCGGGGGAGGCGGGCCGCGCCGCGCCUGAGCGCUCGCACCCCUUCCCUCGCACCUCUCCCCUCGCAGGGGCGUAGGGCCGCGCCCGCUGCCCUGCCCCGGCAUGGAGGAGAAGUACAGCGGGCAGGCCUUGGCCGGCGGCGGCGUGCUGGGGCCCGUCGAUGUGCCCACCGCCCGGCUGACGCGGUACAUCGUGCUGCUGUGCUUCACCAAGUUUUUGAAAGCCGUGGGGCUGUUUGAAUCCUACGAUCUUCUGAAAGCGGUCCACCUCGUGCAGUUUAUCUUUAUAGUGCAGCCGGGGUCUGCAUUUUUUAUGGUUUUGUUUCAAAAACCAUUUUCUUCUGGAAAAGUGGUAACCAAGCAUCAGUGGAUCAAAAUUUUUAAGCAUGCUGUUGUGGGAUCUAUCAUUUCACUCUUGUGGUUUUUUGGCCUUACUCUUUGUGGACCACUGAGGACAUUGUUGCUGUUUGAGCACAGUGAUGUGGUUGUGCUAUCACUCCUUAGUGUCUUGUUCACGAGCUCAGGUGGAGGACCAGCAAAGACAAGAGGUGCUGCAUUUUUCAUCACAGCUGUCAUCUGCUUACUGCUUUUUGACAAUGACGACCUCAUGGCUAAGAUAGCAGAACAUCCUGAGGGGCAUCAUGACAGUGCUCUUACCCAUGUUCUGUAUACAAUCAUUGCUUUCCUAGGUGUUGCAGAUCACAAGGGAGGAGUACUGCUUCUGGUACUGGCAUUGUGCUGUAAGGUUGGUUUUCACAUGGCUUCCCGAAAACUAUCUGUAGAUGUAGGUGGAGCCAAGCGUCUUCAAGCUUUGUCUCAUCUUGUUUCCGUCCUUCUGUUGUGCCCCUGGGUCAUUGUCCUUUCUCUGACAACAGAGAGUAAAGUAGAGUCUUGGUCUUCUCUCAUCAUGCCUUUCAUAACAGUCAUCUUUUUUGUUGUGAUCCUGGAUUUCUACGUGGAGUCCAUAUGCUCUGUCAAGAUGGAAGCUUCCACGUGUGCUCGAUAUGGAUCCUUUCUUAUUUUCAUUAGUGCACUGCUUUUUGGCAACUUUUGGACACAUCCAAUAACAGACCAGCUUCGAGCUAUGAAUAAGCCACCACACCAUGAAAGCACAGAGCAUGUUCUUUCUGGAGGUGUGGUAGUGAGUGCUGUCUUCUUCAUUUUAUCUGCCAAUAUCCUGUCCUCCCCCUCCAGGAAAGGGCAGAAGGGUACCCUUAUUGGCUAUUCCCCUGAAGGCACUCCUCUCUAUAACUUCAUGGGUGAUGCAUUACAGCAGAGCUCUCAGUCAUUACCCCGGUUUAUUAAGGAGUCACUGAAAGAAAUCCUUGAGGAGUAUGAUUCUAGGCAGAUCUUCUAUUUCUUGUGCCUAAAUCUGGCUUCCACUUUUGUGGAGCUUUUUUAUGGAGUAUGGACCAAUAGCCUUGGUCUCAUUUCUGAUGGAUUUCACAUGCUUUUUGAUUGUUCUGCCUUAGUGAUGGGGCUUUUUGCAGCUCUGAUGACAAGAUGGAAAGCAACUCGCAUAUUUUCCUAUGGGUAUGGACGUGUAGAAAUUCUCUCUGGAUUUAUUAAUGGCCUCUUUCUGAUGGUAACUGCUUUCUUUGUCUUCAUGGAAUCGGUGGCCAGACUGGUGGAUCCUCCAGACAUCGAUACAAAUAUGCUAACUCCAGUCUCUGUUGGAGGGCUGAUCGUAAACCUUGUUGGUAUCUGUGCCUUUAGCCACGCGCACUCCCAUGGGGUUUCUCGGGGAGGUUGUCACUCACACGAUCACAGCCAUUCUCACCACGGACACAGCCACGGCCAUGGGCACAGUCAUGGACAUUCCCACGGGACUUCUGGAGGAGGCAUGAAUACCAACAUGAGAGGUGUGUUUCUGCAUGUGUUAGCAGACACUCUUGGCAGUGUUGGUGUUACCGUAUCAACGAUAUUUAUUCAGCAAUUUGGAUGGCUCAUAGCUGAUCCACUCUGCUCUCUUUUUAUUGCUACAUUGAUUUUUCUUAGUGUUAUCCCACUAUUGAAAGAUGCCUGUCAAGUGCUUUUGUUGAGGAUACCUCCAGAACAGGAGAAAGAUCUGCAUGCAGCUUUAGAAAAGAUUCAAAAAAUAGAAGGAGUCAUAUCUUACAGAGAUCCUCAUUUUUGGUGUCACUCUGCAAGUGUUGUGGCAGGUACAAUACAUGUGCAAGUGGUAUCAGAUGUGAUGGAACAGAGAAUUGUACAGCAGGUUACAGCAAUUCUGAAAGAUGCUGGCGUAAACAACCUAACUGUCCAAGUGGAGAAGGAAGCUUAUUUUCAACACAUGUCUGGACUCAGUACAGGAUUUCAGGAUGUCCUUGCAAUGACUCAGCAACUAGAAUCCAUGAAAUACUACAAAGAUGGUACUUAUAUCAUGUGAUAGAAAGUUAUGUUCACCAAAGGAGGUGCAAACGGUGAAGCUGUAGGAUUCCAUACUCGUAUUUUUGACAGGAGAUCUUGCACAUACAUGUACAGAAACAAAUGUACUAUAUAUUUGAAUUUUUUUAAGCACUAUAUUAAAAUAGGAUCAAGGUGCUUUUAUAAAGGAAAUAAGGACUUGAAUAUUUGCUGUAUAUGUGAAAAUAAUGGAAAUCUGUACUUGGUGUUUAUUAAACAGAAGUCUGGAUAUGUUCCAUGCUUAAUCUUUUA